ACAGCACCGAACACACGUACAGCCCUUGCUGAGCUUUAAGCAACGGUGGCAAUAGCAAAGAAGAAGUGAGCAACAUUGGGCGUGCCGCAGUACUUUCAUUGCGCAACCUGCUCUCGAUUUCCACCUAGCUUGGGGUUCACUUUUUUCUUAGACAGUUAAGUGAGUCACGGUAUCCUCGCCGCCGGCAGUUAACCUCCAUCUGUAAUAAAGGAUGGAAUCCGAGGGCACGGACUUCUUUGCGGCAACUUUUAGCAUUGAGGAGGAGGACCACACUUUGGCAAACUCGCUUCGCUUCUUCCUGAACAAAAACCCCCAUGUCGCUUUCUGUGGUUAUAGCAUGCCGCAUCCAUCGGAGGAGUUAGUGAACCUGCGGGUACAGACGACAGGCAAGAUCACCGCUGUGCAAGCUGUUAAAGCUGCAUGUGAAGACUUGCAGCAAGUCUGCGGUCACAUGCGCACAACGCUAGCCGCAGCUGUCACGAAAUACCAGGCGGAGCAAGCGCGGGACCCGGCCAUGCGGUGACAGCUGCGUACAGUGGCUUGCCGCAGCAGCGCUCUGGCGAAUCCCAC